UCCAGGCUCAACUUCUCUGCUGAGGGAGACGGAAGUCGUCCCAGCUGCUGCGCCUCGGACUUCCCUGUAGGGAGAGUGUGGGCAAGCUUGGCAGCCACACCAUGGAUACAGUUGGGAAGACAGUAAUAUUGAAGUACAUUGUCAAAGUUCUGGAAGACAUGAAAGGCAUGAAAGAAGUCAUACUGGAGAGAAACCUUCUGUAUAUACUCAGUGUGUUGAAACCUUUGCACAUCAUGGUAAUCUCCAAAUACAUAAAAGAAUACAUACUGAAGAGAGACCCUCUGAAUAUAAUCAGUGUGGUAAAGCCUUUGUAUGUGAAAAUAAUCUCCGAAUACAUAAAAGAACACAUAUUGGAGAGAAACCCUAUGAAUGUAAUCAGUGCGGUAAAGCCUUUAUACAUCAACAUACUCUUCAAAUGCAUGAAAGAGCACAUACUGGAGAGAAACCCUAUGAAUGUAAUCAGUGUGGUAAAGCCUUUGUAUGUCACAAUUAUCUUCAAAGGCAUGAAAGAACACAUACUGGAGAGAAGCCCUAUGAAUGUAAUCAAUGUGGUAAAGUUUUUACACAUCACAGGCAACUUCAAAUGCAUAAAAGAACACAUACUGGAGAGAAACCCUAUGAAUGUAAUCAAUGUGGUAAAGCCUUUGCUCAUCACUCUAAUCUUCAAAGGCAUAAAAGAACACACACUGGAGAGAAACCCUAUGAAUGUAAUCAGUGUGGUAAAGCCUUUGCUCAUCACUGUAAUCUUCAAAGACAUAAAAGAAUACAUACUGGAGAGAAACCCUAUGAAUGUAAUCAGUGUGGUAAAGCCUUUGUUCAAUACAGUGCUCUUCACAUGCAUAAAACAACACAUACUGGAGAGAAACCCUAUGAAUGUAAUCAAUGUGGUAAAGCCUUUGCACGUCAUGGUACUCUUCACAUGCAUAAAAGAACACAUACUGGAGAGAAACCCUAUGAAUGUAAUCAAUGUGGUAAAGCCUUUGCACAUCAUAGUCAUCUUCAAAUGCAUAAAAGAACACACACUGGAGAGAAACCCUAUGAAUGUAAUCAAUGUGGUAAAGCCUUUGCUCAUCACUGUAAUCUUCAAAAGCAUAAAAGAACACAUACUGGAGAGAAACCCUAUGAAUGCAAUCUGUGUGGUAAAGCCUUUGCACAACACAGUACUCUUCAAGUGCAUAAAAGAACACAUACUGGAGAGAAACCCUAUGAAUGUAAUCAGUGUGGUAAAGCCUUUGUUCAUCACAAUACUCUUCACAUGCAUAAAAGAACACAUACUGGAGAGAAACCCUAUGAAUGCAAUCAAUGUGGUAGAGCCUUUGCAUGUGUCAGUAGUCUUCGAAAUCAUGAGAAAAAAUCAUACUGCAGAGAAACCCUAUAAAUUUAGUCAGUGUAGUAAAGUUUUGCACUUUAUAUAGGAGUAAAACUUUUAGUGUGCAAUCAUUCUGUUAAAUUCUUUGCAUAUUACAAUAGUCUUUGAGUACCUGAAAAAAAUCCUGAGGGCUUAUUAUUAUAAAGUAUUUUGUAAGAUAUUUAUCCAACACAGUUGCAUUCAGUUACACUAGAGUGUUUAUUCUAUAGAAGAAAAUUUGACAAUGUCAAUAUCUGUUCAAGCAUUAUGAUGUCCAUUUUUUAUAUUGUUUGUACCUACAAACUCAGAGAAA